CGAGAGGCGGAUGUGAUCUUCCCGCCCAUCCGCGGCUGCUGUUGUCGCUCGGCAGCUCUGGCCGACCAGGGUCCACCCGGGUUGGGCUCGGCGACGGCAGGGCGGGAUCGACGGGGCUGAUCGAUCUCGGAGAGCAUCGAUGCAAUGCUGCUGAAUCGGCCUUUGGAUCGCUUGUCUCGAGGUGUCGUCGCCCGUCUGCCGAUCGCCUCAUCGCCAUUCUGCAUUUGCUGCGAUUCUGCACUCGCAGCGGCCCCACCAGCUGCAUAUCAGUAGCCUGCUGCCAGCCUACUGCCGGCCUGCUGCUAGCCUGCACUCGCUCUGCCCUCGGAUUCUUUGAAUCUCCCGCCAACGCACCACCACCAUCGUCAUGAAGCUCCGGGCACUGCUGGCUUCGUCCCGGCUUGCCGCACGAGGGGCUUCCCGCAACCGAGGUCACUUUUGCGUUGGCUGCUCUUCUGUGUGCCUCACGACGGUCUCGGUUGGGCUUUUGAUGACCAUCCUGGCUGUGUCGCCGUCGGUCUUUCUCUACUUUGCCGAAACCAUCAACGGCGAGUCGGAUCUCGAACUCUGGCCCCGCGGCGAGUCUGGAUGGCAGCGGCUCAACUACACUCGUAUUUCCCAGGCCCUGCAAGACAGCAGCAUCGCUCCAUACCACUCGCCCCGUUUCUCAAGCAUCGGCCUCAAGACCUACAAUCCAAAACUCUGUCUCGGCUUCAGCGCCAGCACACCCUCCCUGAGCAACUUUACCUAUGAGGGCCCUGACUCCUCUCCGGGCGACUCUGGCGAUAUGACGACCCUCAAAGCCAGCGCGCGCUCGGCAUGCCAAAGCUCGCCCAGCCGCUGCAUGGACAUCCUGUGUGCCAAGUCAGUCGAUGCCUACGUGUGGAUCAUUGACUCGCAGAAAGACGCCGACAUUGGCAUCAGCACUUCUUGGGGUCUGCCGCCUCUCCCUGCCGGUGGCAUCUACAUCAACACUCGCGCAGCCAACAGCCUUCAGGUCCAGGCCGGCGACUACAUCUUUGUGCAGCUUCCCGAUAGCCUCCUGCCGGCGACCCUUGACAGCGCCCGACGCUCGGCAUAUGCUGCAAACUCCUCGAUUCUCGUCAACGCUACGUUUUCGAAUGGCAACCCGGUGCCCUGGGUUACGAACGUCCCCUUUCGCAUCAUCAGCGUCUUUGACUCUGGAGGCACAUACAAGUUCCCCAAAGGCUACCAGAAGAACAGCGUCAUGGUCUUUGAGCUGCCCAUGAUGCUGGAGAGCCUUGCUCCGCAUAUCCACCCACAGUACUCGAGCGCCUAUGCGUCGGCGCUCCUGGCUGAAUCUGCAAGGCAGACCCACUAUGGCGAAGUCAGCGAUACGAUCUUUGCCUGCCCAAGCCAGCCUCGGAGUGCCUGCUACAUGGACUCGGACUUUUCUGUUGUUGCCCGUCGCCUAGUCGACUGGGCCGGCCAGGUCUCUGAAGCCGUCGGCAUCGAUAGGUCAAUGUUUCGCCUGUCCCAGAUCAAUACGUUACGUCAAGCAGCCGGCCUGUCCAAGUUCCUCGGGCUGGUUGUAUCGCUGGUGGUGAUCCUGUUUUGUGGACUUUCGUGCUUCUUGAUCUACAGUCUGUUGCUAACCUUUGUGCAGACGCAGUCCCAUGACCUCGGCAUCCUUCGCAUGGUUGGUUCAGGGAGAUCGGUGAUUGCUAAUCUGAUCACGCUGAGUGCUCUGAGCUACUCUCUUCCGGCGUGGGUCGCUGGCACAGUUGCAGCCCAAGCUCUCGUCGUCGUCGCCCGGAUACUCUUGUUACGAUUUCUGGAUUUUACGAUUCCAUGGACGCUGUCGCUACAGGCAGUCGUCGUCUCGAUUUUCCUGGCUGCGCUGGUUCCGCUACUGUCGUCACUGCAACCCAUCGCCAUGGCCGUCUCGAAGGAUCUGCAUAGCUCCUUGGUUCUGUCUGCCGCCCGUGCCGCAACAUUCACCCAGACUCUGGACCGAGGCUCGAUGCUCGCCGGACUCUACGGCUCGUUGAAGUAUCUUGUUGGAUCGCUCGUCCUGUCGAUGGCCUGUUUCUUGGUGUACAUUCUGCUCCCAGAGUCUCUGGCGAUCGAGAACCUCGGAAUGCUGUUUUCGGUAUUUCUGGGGCUCAUCAUCGUCGUGAUCAUCGGGCUUGUGGCUGUCUCGUUCAAUCUACAGCCGGUUCUGGAGCACUGUGUGCUGUACUUGAUAUUUUCGGCUUUGUUCUGGGAAGAUGGAGCCUUGUCGGCACUCAUCAAGAAGAAUCUGGCGGUCCACCGACGCAACAACCAAAAGACAGCGGCAAUGCUGUCGUUGGCCCUGGGAUUCAUUUUUUUCCUCAACAUCAAUCUCGACAUUGAGAUUCGUUCUCUGCAGUACAGGUAUACACAGUCGGUCGGGAGCGACGUGCGAGUCAGCAUCAACGCUGUCGACGGCUCGACCGGCUUGGCUUUCUCCUUGGCAAGCUUGAACCAAAUCGAAGCCUUUUGCCAGUCCCGCCCAGACUUGGUCCUCGACUGGUCAUAUGUCUCAUACCCGCUCACCGCUUUGUUGGCGACAGUCUUGUCCGACACCCUGGUCAGCAACGUCGGGCAGCUGGUGUCGUAUCCCGUUUCGAUUGUGGCGGUAUCUCCAAACUACUUUGACAUCGGCAGCAAUGGCCCCGGAACAAUAUGGCCAUUCCAAGUUGAUCCGGACCUGUCGGCACAGUAUCCUUCGAUGAAGCAACAGCUUUACUCUGCCAAGGGCCUGCAGUCCGCCGUUCUCAGCGCAAACUUGCUGUCGGCCCUUGGGUUUGUGCGAGCUUCCUCGCCGACAAACUACUCGUGCCCGUUUGUGACUACGACGGCUCUCCAAGUGGAUGGCUCGACUGUUCAGUCAAACAUGUCGACACUCUAUCCCCUGGGAUUCUUAGAAGACUGCUAUCUCUGCACAAUGACGCAGUACCCCACCUCUAGCGCCACGAGCAUGCUUGUUUCCUUUCCGACAUAUCUGCAGCUUGCCCAAGGCAUUCUCGAAUCCGUCGGCGACAUACCUAUUCAGUAUCUGCUUAUCACGGCCACCGAUCCGUCCAAUAGCAACCAGAUCUACAACGGGCUCCUACAAAUCAUCGAAGGCACUUUGGACGACAUCACCACGGUCGCGAUCGAGACCCAGGCUGUCGACACGAUCCAGCUGUAUCUUGGACCGAUCUUCGGGCUCGCGACUGUGCUGGUGAUGCUCGUUUCCUUGUUCAGUCUCAACACAGCCAUGUACUCCAACAUCCAUCAGCAACUCAAGGAAAUAUCGAUCCUGAUGGCCAUUGGACUGAGCCAGCGACAGCUCCUGCGCAUCUUUAUCUACGAGGCGUUCAUAGUUUUGAUGGUAUCGCUUGUGCUGGGAGCCGGUAUCGGACUCUCGGUUGGGUACAGCAUGGCGGCGCAGAACUCUGUCCUCGUUGAGGUUCCGGUGACUCCCCGGUUUCCGACCGAGGUGGCAGGCGUUGCAGUUGUGCUGAGCACUAUCUCGGCUCUGGCAGCGACUUGGGGUCCCUUGCAUGCUUUGGUCGUUCGCCGCUCGAUCAUCGCCGGCCUGAAAUCCACUUGAGGCAUGCGCCAACGAGAUACUAUGCCGAUCCCACAUGUCGGCGUCGUAUGUGAUGGCCUGCGUCUGGCAAUAUCAUAUGCAAUGAAAUCGAUCACCUCGGCAGUUGUGUCUUGGAAGUAAUGGAGCUGAUGUAGCAGCUUUCUAUUGUUCCCAGAUAGCUUAUAAAGCGGAAGGUGGGCUUUUACAUCUCAUUUGUAUCAUACGAAAAUAGUGCAAACUGUGUAAUCAAAAUAAAGAACAAGGAAUCAAACCAAGCACAUAAAGAAACAACCGCUAAAGCUCAUGGGGCGACGCUCAUUCG